UGCAGCAUCGCUUUAGAGACAUCAAGAAGCAGGCACAAGAGAUGAAUGCUGGUCAGGCUUUGUCUUAUCGAGUCCAAGUUUUCCCGAGUUCAGCACAGCCCAGCACGUUUUCUUUCAAAUGCACACAACACACAUAAUUAACUUAGAGGUCGUUAUUAACGUUGUACACAGGAAUCGCUCGUCACUUCAAUGCUGACAGUCCGGAUGAUACCACCACAGCAAGUGCGGUUGAGCAUCAACUCCGACCUUUUAAGGCUAAGGCUAAGGAGAUGACUACUGGUACUGCCUGCAAUUAUCCUCAAUCGUGUUCUCCCCCUACUUGUCGAAUUUUUGGCCUAUCCAAUCCGUUAUUGCUUAUGCCAUUCCUUUUUGUCGACCCCGUCAUCCGUCUCCUUAUGUUCUCCCCGCCAUCAUCAUCAUUACAAUUUGAACAUUUGCUAACUAUUUCUACAGCCAUCGCUCGUGAAUACGGUGAUGGUGUCACAGGUAAAGCAGUCUCCACCUACUUUGAGCGCGCACAUAAGGAUCCAAGCUGGCAACGUACUAACAGUCCUUCAAUAGGUGGUGAUGGAAAUGGCGGUCCCGUUAAGAAGACUCCCGUCAAGCGUGGUUCUCGAGCCAAGAAGGCUGCACCGGCUUUCAACGGCAAGCGCAUGGGUUCCUCCGGUGACGAUGAUGAAGAGGAGGUUUCAUUCAAUACUCCGUCAAAGAAGACUCCGUUGAACAAGGUCAAGGGUGGCCGUGUUGCCAAGGCUAGCGGUGGUCGUGCUAAGGCCCCUGUCAGCUAUGCUGAGCCAUCUGACGAGGAUGAUGAUGAGAUGGAGAUGGUCAAGCAGGAGCGUGAUGUUGGUUCCGGUUUCGAGGACAUCAACCACAACGCACACAAUGGCAACGGCAACGGUACUUCUUCUUUCGAGGAUCCUUCUUUCAGCCAAGGCUAUGCCGAGGGUGAUGAGGCUAAGGACUACUACGAUGCCGAGGAGGAGAAUUAUGAAGUCUAAAUGGCUUUCCACUUGCUGGCUGUCGUUUGUAAGUCAUCCAUCCACUCCCUCCCCAACC